AUGGCAGGUCCGGUCCGAGAAAGGGUAACAGCGGCUGACAGACGCCAUUUCGAUUUUGUGCAAACUUUGCUCCGUAUUUCUGAUAACCUGACUAAAGAGGAAACGGCAAACAUAAAGUUGUUCUGCAUGCACCUGAUUCCAAAAGGCCUGGCCGCUCAACUCAGGCGGGCGGUGGACGUUUUUCACAAGCUGAUAGAACUGGAUAAAAUCGACCAGGAGAACCUAGACUUUCUGGAAGAGCUGUUGGAAAGAAUGGGACGACGGGACCUGAUUCAGGACGUUCUGAGGCCAUUCCAACCACCAGACCGAGAGAUUCCGGAAAGCGCCGAAAUCCAGCCGGAAAACCCUGAACUCCAACCAGGAACAAGUGCUGAAGGUGCAUGUGCAGAAGUAUCUACAACGUCAGGCACCUUCUUGGUGUUUCGUGGCCAAAGUCACAUGACCCAGGAAACCAUAGAUCAUCAAAGACGCUGUCUUGCGUCGCUACUUAGAACCAGAAGGUCACAGGUCAAGUUCAGGCGCUACAAGAAACACAAGAGCAUCCUGGUGCACUACACAGUACCGCGGGAGAACACGGCGGUGCUGAGGCUCAUGGCGGAUCACUCCGACCCAAGACUUGUCUUCAUGGGCAUGGAGUCACUGCAGAUCGAUGCUGGAGUACCCAUCAAACUCCAACAGGAGGGGCUGUUGUACGACGUCAAGAGACAACUGCCCGUUGAUGACAUUGAGGUGGGCUGCAGUACCUAUAUGAAACAGCAGAGGGCCCCCAGGAGCUGGACGCGGCUGUCGGCCCUGAACCUAUUCUCGGACGCCCUGCCGCUCUACCUGCAGGUGGCCGCGAGUCUGGAGUACCAGGGCUUCUCCUACUGCCUGGUCCAGGCUCUGGCGGAGAGGGACCGGCUCAGGGAGCACCAGAUGAGGCAAGCCAUCCACAACCUCAGGAAGGCUGAAGUGGAGUCCAACAAGCUCCAGCAGAAGGUAGAGCUGGAUUCCAACACGCUCAUGACCUUACGCUCCAAACUCGUCAUCGCAGACAACAGGCUAAAGGAGGCCCUGGAGAUGAACGCAGUCCUUAAAGUAAAGCUGCUGCAGGCUCAAGAAUAUGCAGAAAAAGCAGCCAGCAGGGAGGAAGCAACCCACAUAACAGAGUAUAGGGGAGAGAAGCCACCUGUUGGCUGGCAAGUACAGUUCGAGAAGGCAGAUGCAGCUACACGGAUAUGCCUAGCAGAUACUGAUGGUACUACAGGGAGACCUGAAGAUAUUGGUGACAAAGUUGGAAAAGAAUCACUGGUACCGGAAGAACACAAGAAAACUGUGAUGCAAGACUCCAGCAUUGGGAUCGAGAAAGUUCUUCGUGAAAAAACAAGGCCCAAAGCAGGGUUAGAAGGAGCAGCACCUCGCACUACUGGGGACAUGGAACAGGUUGUAUCGAGUACACAGAAGAAGCACAUGAAGCCUCGUGAUGUGUGUAUGGACUCUAAUGGCACAAAGUGGGUAUUAGGUAGUGGAGGGGCAGCUCAUCAUGUUGUACAGUACAGCACAGACGGGACAGCCAUGGCGCGGUUUGACCUUCAGGAGAACAGUCAUUCUCGCGGUAUUGCGGUGAACAUGCGCACUAACCACAUCCUGGUGACUGAUGCAGUCCGUGGUGAAGUUGAGGUGUUCCAUCCGGACGGCUCUCUGGUGCGGACAGUCCGCCAUCCACGGGGUGAGAUGAGAAACCCACAGUACAUCACUGUGGACGGGGAAGGUAACAUUUUCGUGUCGGACUGGGGAAAUCAUUCUGUCUACGUGUAUGACGAGUUGGGAAAGUUUAAGUUCCAGUUUGGAGGACCGGGAGGUGAUGAAGGUCAGCUGAAGUAUCCCCUUGGCAUCUGUACGGACAGUUCGGGUCACAUCAUCCUGGCGGACGCUGGGAAUGAAAGGGUGCAGAUCUUCUCACAUCACGGCGAGUAUCUCCGCUCCAUUCGUACUGGGACUGGGGCAGACGGCCUAGCCGUGGGGCCGGAAGGACAGCUGGUUGUGACCAGUUCGGGAAACCACACUGUGACUGUGUUUCCUAGCUACUAA